CUAUUUAUUUUUCAUUUCAAGGUUGCCUUAUAGUCUGCAUUGAUCGUGCGACACGUUUGGUGAAAUCACAACAAUCUGCAGGAAAAGAGUACGUAACUGUAUUCAAACUUCAUGCUCCAGUUGAUGGAGGGAUCCCUAAAGUAAUACAGGGCCUUGAAAAACUCAGAGGUGCUCUUUUCCAAAGGCCACCUUUAAUAUCAGCCGUUAAGAGACAACUUAGAGUUAGAACAGUAUAUGACAGCAAAUUGUUUGAUUAUGAUGAAACUCGUAAUAUGGGUGUUUUUUGGGUAAGUUGCGAAGCAGGUUCAUAUAUUCGGACAAUGUGCGUACAUUUGGGUUUAGUGUUGGGAGUUGGGGGACAAAUGUUAGAAUUGCGGCGAGUGAGAUCAGGAAUACAAUCUGAAAUGGACGACACAAUGACGUUACACGAUGUAUUAGAUGCUCAGUGGAUGUAUGAAAAUCACAAUGACGAACAGUACCUAAGGCGGGUGAUAAGACCACUGGAGGGUCUCCUUAUAUGUCAUAAGAGAAUUAUUAUGAAAGACAGCUCGGUGAAUGCCGUGUGUUAUGGGGCCAAGAUCCUUUUACCAGGAAUUUUACGCUAUGAAGACAACAUAGAAUUAAAUGAAGACAUUGUUAUUGUAACGACGAAAGGUGAAGCGGUAGCGCUUGCCGUCGCACUCAUGACAACAGCAACUAUUGCUAGUUGUGACCAUGGUGUCGUAGCAAAAAUAAAGCGAGUAAUUAUGGAACGAGACACGUACCCCCGUCGAUGGGGACUUGGGCCGCGGGCCAGCCAAAAGAGGUCGUUGGUUGCACAAGGGUUAUUAGACAAAUACGGCAAACCCAACGAGAACACACCGAAGGAAUGGCUCAAUAGUUACGUUGAUUACGCUGUGAAAAAGGAGCCUAGCGAAGCAGUACAAAUUAAACAAGAAGUAGAUGAAGACCAUAGCAAAAAGAGAAAAGCUGCUAAUUUGGAUACAACGGCUGAAAGCAUGGAUACUUCGGUGGCAGGCGAAGGAUCGACGUCCGAAGUUCAAAAAGAGAAGAAAAAGAAGAAAAAACGUAAGAAAACGGACGAAGAAAACGCCACAACAGAAAGCACUACCACUGUAGAAGAUCCAGUUUCUUCGGAAAUUGAGGUGAAAAAAGAGAAAAAGAAGAAAAAGAAAAAAGAUAAGGAACAACAAGAUCAAGAAUAACCUUUUACCUUUUGACAUGCAUCAUACCACAUUGGUUACAAUAAUUUUAAACCGUUAGUUUCUUCCUUUUUUUUAUGUAAUUCUUAAGUACAUAUAAGGACCAUUGCAAUGUGAAUAGUGCUAAUUUUUCUUUAUAGAAAAAGGAAUAUUUCUGUUUUUAAGCAGAAACAAAACAAAGUUGUACGUGAAGCUGUUGAACGAAUGUUUUAAUAAAAAAAGUUUC